GACAGCUUGGCAUACAGCCCGGCGGGCAUCAGCUCCCUUGACCCAGUGGAUAUCGGUGGCCCCGUUAUUCGUCCAGGUGCCCAGGGAGGAGGACCCACCUGCAGCAUGAACCUGUGGCUCCUGGCCUGCCUGGUGGCCGGCUUCCUGGGAGCCUGGGCCCCUGCUGUCCACACCCAAGGUGUCUUUGAGGACUGCUGCCUGGCCUACCACUACCCCAUUGGGUGGGCUGUGCUCCGGCGCGCCUGGACUUACCGGAUCCAGGAGGUGAGCGGGAGCUGCAAUCUGCCUGCUGCGAUAUUCUACCUCCCCAAGAGACACAGGAAGGUGUGUGGGAACCCCAAAAGCAGGGAGGUGCAGAGAGCCAUGAAGCUCCUGGAUGCUCGAAAUAAGGUUUUUGCAAAGCUCCGCCACAACACGCAGACCUUCCAAGCAGGCCCUCAUGCUGUAAAGAAGCUGAGUUCUGGAAGCUCCAAGCUAUCAUCGUCCAAGUUUAGAAAUCCCAUCAUCAGCAGCAAGAGGAAUGACUCCCUCCUGACAUCAGCUAAUUCAGGACUGUGAGCCGGCUCAUUUCUGGGAUCCAUCAGCACAGGAGGGGCCAGAUCUUUCUCCGAUAAAACCAUCACCCUACAGACCCAGCUGUCCCCACGCCUCUGUCUUUUGGGUCAAGUCUUAAUCCCUGCACCUGAGUUGGUCCUCCCUCUGCACCCGCACCACCUCCUGCCCCUCUGGCAACUGGAAAGAGGGAGUUGGCCUGAUUUUAAGCCUUUUGCCGCUCCAGGGACCAGCAUCAACCCUGGGCAGCCAGUGGCUCUUGUAGAGAAGACUUAGGAUACCUCUCUCACUUUCUGUUUCUUGCCGUCCACCCCGGGCCAUGCCAGUGUGUCCCUCUGGGUCCCUCCAAAACUCUGGUCAGUUCAAGGAUGCCCCUCCCAGGCUAUGUUUUUCUAUAACUUUUAAAUAAACCCUGGGGGGUGAUGGAGUCAUUCCUGCCUGUUA